AUGUAGGAAGAAGAUAGAAAUAAUAGUCAUUAUUCAGUAGAAUCUAUCGCUUAAAAUAACUAAGCUAACAAUGUACCACCUACUGAAGGAACUGAAUACAUAAAAAAAAAAUUUAGAAGGGAACUUUAUUUUGUUUCAAUUGUGCUCUCAUUAAUACUUCUAGGAACGUUUUUAGCAGUUUUUAUCUAUUAUUUAAAGAAUAAAAUGCUAUAAGGUAAUGGUGUAUUAGUUCCUAAUAAGUAUUUUAUCAAAUAAGUUAGUGGUGAUACAUAAUCAGUUACGCUUUAUGCAUAAUAUGAUGGUGAAAAUGUUGGUAAUUAUCCUAACAUUUAUCCAAAUAUUAUGGUAAAGAUAUCUCUUCAAAAUUUAAAUAACGUUGAAUCUUAAAGUAGUAUUAGCUACCUACAAAUUAAUAUUUAAUAAGAUAAAGGUUUAAAUUUGAAAUCAUCCUAGCAAAGCGGCACUAAAUAAACGAAAGAUAACUAGCUAAUUUUAGAAGAUAUAGACUUGGGUCCUUUUGAUUUAGAGUUUUCUUCUCAAGGAAGUAAGCUAGCAUUUAUAAUAUUAAGAAAAAGCACAAAUGAAAAAAUAUUUGACACAGUGGAUUUUAACAUAAUUAUUUCAUAGUAUUACUCAACUAUUGGUACCAUAAUUCCUGCUGGUAAUUUUUAUGGGUUAGGAGAGAGAAGGACAACCAAUUUUUCUUUUUAGUAAAUAUUUAAAGAUGUUGAUGCUAAUUGCGCAUACGGGCCAUGUAAUAAAUAUAAGUUUUGGAAUAGAUAUAUAUAGAUCAAUUAGCAGGCUUUUGAUGAUGGAAUGGGUAAUGGUUAUCUUUCUGGCUACUAACCUCUAUAUUUGAUUUAAGAGGAAUCGAAUAACUAUUCCCUAUUUUACAUUGAUGACUCUUUUUCUGGAUUGGAAGUUGAUUAUUAUUCUUAGGUUCCAAAUACUAAUAAUUUAGAAGGAUUAGUUUUCUAGAGUUAUACCAAUAAAAUUAAUUUCAAAAUAUUUUUGGGUGAUACUAAUCCUUAAUCAGUAAUUAAACAAUAUCAUACAUUCAUCGGAAAAUUCAAUUUAAUACCAUUUUGGGCAUUAGGAUAUCAUCAUAGUAAAAUAUUCUUACCACCUUUCACUAAAAACAUUAAAAAAUUCCUUGACUAUGUUUAAAAAUUGAAAAUACCUAUUGAUUCUAUCUGGACUAAUUUUGAGAUUAGCUAUGAAGGAAAUUAUUUUAAAAUAUUAAAUCAAGAAAUUGUUGAUUAGUUAAAUUAGAUGAGAACAGAAUAUCAUAUUAAGUGGAUUCCACAAAUACCAAGUGAAAUACCUAAUAUUGAAAGCUGUAAAUAGUAUGUGAUUGAUGGAGUUAACUUUAAUACUUUUAUAAUUUCAAAUAAAACAAAAACACCAUAUUAAGCAGAAGGUCUGUUUGGAAAAGCAUUAUUUAUAGAUUAUAACCAUGUAAACUCUAGUGAUUUAAUAUAUCAAGCCUUAUAAGAUCUUAAUAGUUAAAUAUCUUUUGAUGGACUCUGGUUAAGUUAAAAUGAACCUUCAACUCUAAAAACUGGAGAGUUCAUAAAUGAACAUUAGCUAAACAAAAGCAAUGGUGAAUUUGAUAUAAUAAACAAAUUUUCAGAUAUUUAAUUUAACUAAAACCUGCUUAACACUGAUGCUUUGCAUUAUAAUAAACCUGAUUCAAAAUAUUUCUACAAACCAGAAAGUGGAGAUUAUUUGUACGAGAGAGAUUUGCAUAGCUCUAAUGGAUUUAUGCAAUCUUAGACUAUUUAUAAAAUAAUGAAAUAAGAGAUGAACAAGUAAUAGCCAUUUAUAGUAUCAAGCUCAAAUAGACCAGGAUCUGGUAUGAGCAUAGCUCACUCUACAGGGAUAGCACUUAAUAGUUGGGGCAUUCUAUAAAGUUCAUUCAUUGAAAUUUUUAAUUUUUAGUUAUUUGGUAUACCAUUUACUGGAAAUAACAUCUGUCCUUUGUAAACUUUAAAUGAAAAUGAUUUUCCAGGAGCUAGUGAGUUGUGUACAAGAUGGUAUUAAGCAGCCUCUGUGUUUCCUUUCAUGCAUUCAGUGCAAGCUUUCACUGAAAAUGAUCCAUUUUAUUUCAAAGAUUAUCCAUAUUUAUAAAAUUCUGUAAAAGAGAGUCUUAAUCUGAGAUAUAGUUUACUCAAGCAUUAUUAUUCACUGUAUGUUUUUUAGAAAGGUUUAGGAAUGGUUUUCAUGCCUGUGACAUUUGUAUUUCCAGAAAUCGCAACAUAAGAUUAUAUAUUAAUUAACUCAAACAAUACAGCUAUGAUAGGAGAAUCACUUUACGUCUUUACUGUUAUGACUUAAGGAGAUUAAUAAACUAAUACAACCUUAGUGAAUUUAGGUGUCCCACCUCAGUUAUGGGUUAAUUUAUUAGAUCCUUAAAUUUAGUAUAAAGGCCCUUUUUCCACCAAGUAUGACUUCCCAUUUUAAGGAUCUCCUUUAAUAUUUUUAAGAGAAGGACAUUUAUUGUUGCAAUAGAGUACUAGCUCUCAUAGAGCAUCUCUGCUUGACUAUACUUUUAUUAUGAAAACAGUAUUAACAGUAGUUAAUUAGAGUAAUUUAAACAUUUAAUAUAACUCUUAUGGAAGAACUUUAGCUGUUUUAGAUUACAACGAUAGUUAAGCAUUAGAUAAGUGCAAUCAACAGGGCUGUGAACUAAAAAUAGACAUGAAUGUAAAUAGUACAAACAAUAAAGAAUUAGAUAUUACAAUAAAUUUCUCUUCUGACGACAGUUAAUAUUUUGAGGAAGGAAUUAUAAUUAAAUAAGUUCAAAUUUCAGGUGUUGUCAAAUAUAAUGAUAUUCUUUUACAGUAUUGCAAAUCUAGUGAAAUAUAGUAGCAACCAUUUGAUUACAUUACUGUGGAAAAAUAGCUAGCUCCUGAAAAUUAUUUUAUAGUGAAUUAAAGAUAGUCAACCUUUAAUUUAAAAAUUACAAUUUGA